ACAACUAGGAGUCAACGAGCACCACCAGGCUCAAGUCAUCAACUAUAUGAGAUUCUCUCGCUACCAGAGAGGUCAAAGGCUGAGAGCUGUUGACAUGUGUUUUGAAGAUCUGAAAAGUAGCAGGCUCGAUGAGACGACAUACACCAUAGACGAGGUUACAGACAUGUUGGAUGGGCUUCUGUCUGUUGUGCGAGGAGAAGUAGAAGAUGAACUCAUCAACACUUCACACACAAAUAUCCUCCAGUGUCGACAGAUGUUCAUGCAGGCAGAAAAGUGGCAUCUCAAACUAGGGGCCGACAUUUCUGAAUUGGAAAACCGAGAUUUACUAGAACAAAUAGCAGACUUUGAAGAAAAAGAAUUCCGUGGUACAAAAAUGGAUAAGGAUUUACAAGGAGUACUUAAAAAUGUCAAGUUAAUUCCAUUAAAUGAGAAGGGAGGCACAGAACUACUACACAGG